AUGCACAAUAAGUUACAUCCUGAAGUAGAUGUGGAAAGGCUGUAUAUACCGAGAAAAGAUGGAGGAGGGGGCCUGACCGAGGUAGAAACAGCAUUAAAAACAGCAACAAUAGGGCUCCAUCACUAUCUGAAGCAUAAAGAAGGGCAAUACCCUAAGCAGGUGCUUGAACAUGAAAGACCUUAAGCCAAAAAUUCGAUAACCAAGAAUGCCAAUAAGUUUGAGAGGGAAGUACCAGAACUAGAGUUUGAGAACAGAGAAGAUAAAUCAGCCUCAGAAAAUGCUUUAGUCGUAAAACACAUGAUCAAGUCCAGGAUGAAAUAAAUGAAAGAAGAAAAGGGGAAAAAUAAAGCAUUGCAUGGCCAAUACCCAAAGAUCCUAGAAAUGCAUCAUGUAGAUACAGUGACCACCAACAAAUGA